AAUCCCAAACAAAUCAAAAUGAUUCGAACAAUUCUACUAGUUGCAGUUUCCACUUCGUUUGUCCUUUCGGCUCCGAAAGACAAUGGGUGUUACCUUGACGUGGUGGCAAACGCCCCGAGUGCCCCUUUGGUGGUAAACUCGUCUCUUCAAUUCCCAACCCCGAUUGGGGCCAAAACCACUCAGGUGUUUUUUGCCCAAGGGGAGACCUUCUACAUCGGGUGUCCCGGAGGCAGCUUCAAUUAUCCCAUUUUGGCAAAUGGGGAGCCGGCCGUGUGCCACCAAGACACAACUAUUUCGACAUUAAAGAGCCAACAAACCGUCGAUUUCAACCAAGUGUAUUGCACUCUGGACCAGACACUAAGACCUGAUCUUUUCGAACAAGUGAGCGACGAUGGGUGCGAAAAUGGCGGCAAAAUCCAGUCAGUUGGGUACAGUAUUGACGACCAAUUCGUCGAAACGUACAGGAUUUGUUACAACUCGAGCGAAAAGAGCAUCCUGUAUGUGAAAUAUUUGACCAAUCAAUGGAUGAAUCAAUUGAGGGUCUACGACCCCAACGAGGUUGCGAAAGUCUGGUCUGGGAUUUUCCAAACCGACUUGGAACAAAUUUACAACACUAUUCAGCCAAGAAUUGAAGAUUUGGGGGUUGUGGGUUACAUCACGAAUGUUUCGUAUCUAGAAGGUGGAUUUUUGGCCCCUUAUUACAACUUCCUGUCACCCUUUCAAAGAGACACGACUUUUGACAUGGCCAACGCCCCUCUGCAAUGGGCCACUGUCACUGCAGGCAAUUGGCAAGCCAUGGAAGACUCGAUGCAAUGGUUACUGACCUAUAAGGACUUCGGGGACGUUAUCAUGCUUGGUGGUACCCUGGGAGUCGCCGAUUUACCAGAUAACGACGGAAACCCAGUUGAUUUAUAUUUAGUUAAUGGUACUUCGUUACCCGUUCCUAGAUGGUUCUGGAAAUUGAUGCACUCACCGUCCACCAGCAGUGGAAUUCUGUUCUUCGUUUACAACAACCCCUACGUGGCUAAACCUCAAGUCGAUAAAGAAUUCUUCACGAAUUUGUGUGACGAAGAUGUGAUAGACGAAGCUAAAUUUCUAACAGGCGUCGAUAAUCUUAAUCCUUAUUCAGGAUACAUCUACGCGUGUGUUUUGGAUCUUUACGAAAUUAUUGAUCCGACCAUGAACGACAUUGUGAACAACUUGUUUAAUGAUCAAGGAAUUUUAACCGGGGCACAAUCUCCGGCCCCAAAAUUGCCAAAAAUUGAAGACUUAAAUUAUUAUCAACACGUACUCGUGUCUGAGACUGCAUUAGCCGUGGAUAAGAACACAGUCACAAAAUAUUGUUCCAAAAUGUCGCUACUCGUGUUAACUCUGUUAGCUCUUGCUACACGCGUAUCAGCAGUUCCAAAAGCGGAACCAAAAGAAACUGGUUGUUUUCUGAACGUUUUGGGAAACGGUGACAUGACUUCUCUUUUCCUAAACUCCAGUCGCAAAUUUCCAAAUCCGAACCCAACUUAUGGUACUGCCCUGGUCACCUUUGACGAAAACGAAACUCUUUACGUAGCUUGUCCAAAUGUUGACCCAGAUUGGAAGUACCCACUGGUGCCAGACGGUGAAGAAGCAAAGUGCGUGGCAAACACGACCAUUUAUGCACUAACCAGUAACAAAACACUUGACUUUUACUCACUUCUUUGCGACCAAAAAUUCAGGCCGUACUUUUACGAGCAUUUUUCUAGCGCAAAAUGCGAAUUUAACUUUACCAUUCAAUACAUCGCUCAAAAAAUUGCAGGAGAGGAUGUCGAUAUAAUCACACUGUGUUUUGACAAAACCCAAAUUUUGCCUCUCUAUGCAAAGUAUACAACGAACAAAUGGAGUGCUAACUUUGUGUACUACAAUCCAAACAUCAACUUUAGUUACGUGCCUGAUAGUCUUUUUGACGAUCUGGUACCGUGGCGUGUUUACGCACAAACCAAACAAACCAUGGAAAAUCUGGGAGUGUUUGGUUAUAUCACCGACGACGUGUACUUAGUUCCGGGACAGUUGGCGGCCUAUGACGACUUUCUAACCCAAUUCCAAAGAGACUCAACCUUUGAUUAUGCAAACGCUCCGUUCCAAUGGAACACUGUUAAUGGUGGAAACUGGAAGAACGUGACUUCGUCGAUCCAGUGGUUAGUCACCGAAGGAAUCGACUUGGGUGACGUUACCAUACUUAGUGGUACUUUAAGAAUUGCCACUUUACCGAAUAAGGGCGGUAGACCCGUGGAACUGUUCCUGAGCGGUGAUGGCAGAAUGCCCGUUCCAGGCUGGUUCUGGAAACUGAUGAUUGCGCGAACUCCACAACUUGCUGUAGUGUUUUUUGUGUAUAACAAUCCCUACGUUGAAAAAUCCGUAGUUGAUGAGGAAUUUAAGACGAUUUGUAAAGAGGACGUCUUGGACAUUCUCAGUUGGGCCACGGUUGACAACACGGACCCAAAAGCGGGUUUUACUUAUGCGUGCGCUGUUGGGCGAGAUUACAUGGUUGACGAGACGAUGAGAGAAAUUGUGAACAAUGCUUUGGACGAAAAUAGUUUAGUUGAAGUUCCUUCCUUUAGACUCGCUGAUGCGGUCAAAAUGCGUCAAGUUGGGAAAUUAACUCGAUUUAAAAAUAAUCAUUUUAAUGUUUCCUUUGUCUCAAUUAAACCGAAAAAUUGUUAUCGGGCGAUUUCCCAACUGUGCUUCAAGUAUAAAAACACAAUUAAAGAUCAAACCCCAGACAAAAUGAUUCGAACGCUUUUACUACUCGCAUUUUCCAUUUCGGCUGCGAAAGCUGACGGGUGUUACCUUGACGUGGUGGCAAACGCCCCGAGUGCCCCUUUGGUGGUAAACUCGUCUCUUCAAUUCCCAACCCCGAUUGGGGCCAAAACCACUCAGGUGUUUUUUGCCCAAGGGGAGACCUUCUACAUCGGGUGUCCCGGAGGCAGCUUCAAUUAUCCCCUCCUGGCAGACGGGGAGCCGGCCCUGUGCCACCAAGACACAACUAUUUCGACUAUAAAGAGCCAACAUAUCGUAGAUUUCAACCAAGUGUAUUGCACUCUAGACCAGAGACUAAGACCUGAUCUUUUCGAACAAGUGAGCGACGAUGGGUGCGAAAAUGGCGGCAAAAUCCAGUCAGUUGGGUACAGUAUUGACGACCAAUGGGUCGAAACGUACAAGAUUUGCUACAACCCGAGCGAAAUGAGCAUCCUGUAUGUGAAAUAUGUGACCAAUCAAUGGAUGGACGAUUUGAAAGACUACGACCCUAACGAGGUUCCAAGAGUCUGGUCUGGGAUUUUCCAAAACGAUUUGGAACAAAUCUACAAUACCAUCCAGCCAAGAAUUGAAAAUUUGGGUGUUGUGGGUUACAUCACGAGCGAUUCGUAUCUAGCAGGCGGGUUUUUGGCCCCUUAUUACAACUUCCUGUCACCGUUUCAAAGAGACACGACUUUUGACAUGGCCAACGCCCCUCUACAAUGGGCCACUGUCACUGCAGGCAAUUGGCACGCCAUGGAAGACUCGAUGCAAUGGUUACUGACCAUGGGUAAAGACUUCGGAGACGUUACCAUCCUUGGUGGUACUCUCGGAGUGGCCGAUUUGCCCGAUAGUGACGGAAAUCCGGUCGAUUUGUAUUUAGUUGAUGGAAAUUCGUUACCAGUUGCUCGAUGGUUCUGGAAAUUGAUGCUCUCACCAUCCACCAGUAGUGGAAUUCUUUUCUUCGUUUACAACAACCCGUACGUGGCUAAACCGCAAGUUGAUAAAGAGUUUUCGACCAAUUUGUGUGUGGACAAUGUACUGGGAGACAUUACGUGGUUAAGUGGCAUCGAUAAUCUCAACCCUUACUCAGGCUUUAUCUAUGCGUGCGUUUUGGACGUUUCGAAUAUUAUUAACCCCACCAUGUACGAAAUUGUGCACAAUUUGUUGCAAAAGGAAGGAUUGACUCGAGUUGCUACAAAUUUUAAUAUUACAAGAGUAUAAGUUAAAUAUGUUUCCAAAAACUUAUUAAUAAAAAAAUUAUACAAAUUACCAAAAUA